AUGAUGAUGGACUCCGCUGAGAUGUUAUUCUCAGUACCACAGGGGCUACCUUCUGCUUGGGACACCGUAACUGCAGCUCUGGUGAGUAGAUGGACCUAACUUGCCUACGCACGGUACCUUGUGUUGUUGACAUAGGCUGCCUACCUUUUAUGUGAGAAUGAAAUUAGAUAAAUUGCACUACUGUGGUUGAUUGCUGGACAUGUAGCUAGCUAACACAUUCACAUGCAAUUAGGAAUUACAUUGCUAGCUAAGACCAAUGUUGAUCUAUCAAUGUACCUACAAACCAUAGUCCGUGUCUGUUUAUAAGAACAUGACCAAUUUCCUCUGUCUGGAGGGAUGGCUCCUGGAGACCCUGCAGGUGCGUCUGACCACUGCCGAGGUCCCUGAGUUUUGGGCUGGACCGAAGCAGCCAGAGAAUGAGCUUGGGGAGAAGGAUAGGGCCAGGAUCCUACUCAUGGCCUUCCGUACCCUUUUGGACAGACUGGAACCUUUCCUAGGUGGGGUUCAAACGUUCAGGUUACAGUUGACUGCACCCUUAAUGCUGGAAUGUUGACUGAACAGAAUGCUGUCAAAUGCGUUACAAAAAUUACCCUCUGUCCUUUCCACAGGAGGGUUGGAGAGGCUGGGUACCUGGCAGGAUGAGGGCCGGGGUGGUCUGUGUGGCCCUGGGGCCAGGGGUCUCCAGGAGAGGGCCUUCUCCGUCAUCAGGGCCAUCCUACUGUUCUCCCCCUCGGCUGUGCUCCAGAUGAGAAUACUGGAGUUCUACAGCAGGACCUUUUCUGUGCACAUGAGCCAGGAGGGGGAGGCAGGGGAGUCUGAGGAAGGGGGCGGGGUAUCUGAGGGGGGCGUCUGUCAGGGCUGCACUGUCCCCACCCAGCAGUGCUGGUGUCAGGAGGCCCUGGAGCAGCUACAAGAGCUCAGCCACAUACUGUGAGUGAAUGGAGGGGUGGCCAUGUCACUGUAUGCUCUAUAAGUUGUGUUAGAACAACCAUUGUCUACAUCUGUGCCUGCUGUGUUUGUAAUGUCUCUGCAGCUGUCUCUACCCACUUUUGCCACCCUCCAGGUCCAGAUUGCAGCUAUUGGAGUGGGUUAGUUCAGAGGCAGUGACGUCCAUCUUACACAAACUGAUUGAGCAGCGGCUAGAGCAGCACUGCAGGGGGGAGUACGAGAGCUCUUUCCUCUUCAACUUUCAGGAGGUACAGUAUACUAGAGAGCCUGUCUAUGGGAGGACCACCUCGCAUAAUAAAGUGACAUGACCUAUCAACAAGUUCUACUUUUCUAGCUUGCAUUAUUUAACAGAAUAGGUUGCUGACCAAAUAUGUUUUGUCUAUAAAACAAUUUACUACACCAAGUCCAAAUCUCAGAAAUGUGAUCAUUUAUCUGUUUUACUCUUAAUUACAAACAUUCUCUCAAUUCCCUCUUUCGUUCUCUCUCUCUCCAGUGGCUAGAGCUGGUGUUUGCCAGUGAAGUGGGUGGACUGGGUACGGUGCCCAAUGGCACAGGCAGCAGGGCUGGGGAGGUGGGCCAGCCAGCCAACGCUGUGCACCACAUGCACCAGUUCUUCUGCAGGAUCUACGUCAACAUGAGGAUCGAGGAGCUCUUCAGCAUCAUCAGAGGUGAGGAGUUAGGGAACAGAGAGAGGAGAUAGGGAGAUGGUGAAUGAUACAGAGAGUAUUAAGAGAAAGCAUCACCUGUGAGUGUCGACGGCAUAGGGAAGAGAUUUGAUAAGGGGGAAAGAAUGAGAUACAGAGAGGGUAGAAAGGGUUUUGACAUUUCUCCCACCCUCACAUUCAAAGCCUGCCAUUGAGGACCUCAAGUUCUGUCUAGAGAGAACCAAUCAGAGGCAGCAGCUCCUCACCUCCCUUAAGACAGCCUUUGAGACGUGUCUGCUUCACCCAGGUCAGUGAACCAAUGAUGGGUUAGGAACAGUGACUGGUGUUUGGCUCUUUAUGUUUGUAACACAUUUGAUGUGAAGACUAACUGUUGUUUGCAAAUACAGUGUUGCAGAAGAAGCUGGAGUGAUAAGACUUAAUGAAUCCCUUCUCAACAACAUUCCGCUCUCCUUCUAGGAGUCCAUACCUUUGACAUCAUCACUGUAUAUAUCUCGGCCAUAAAGGCCCUACGAACUGGACCCAUCUAUGGUCAUCCUGCAGGUUGUCUGCCAACCAAUCCGCAAGUACCUCAGGUGGGUGCAUGUGUAUUAUCGUAAUCUGUAUUUAGUUAUCUAUUAUUUUAUUCCCUCAUGAGUAUUUAUGAACAAAGCAAACAUUUAGUGGGAGGCAAAAUGUUAGAGAUUGCUCUUUCCUUGACUGAUUUUACUCCCAUAGCAUACUGUGUUGAUGUUGACGUGACAUUGAUGUGACAUCUGUGGUUCGUUGCUAGGACGCGGGAGGACACGGUACGUCAGAUAGAGGCCAGCCUUACCUGGGACGCGGAGGGCUGCAGUGACCUGGCCAAUGAGCUGUCCCGUGCCGACCCUGUGACCCUGCAGACCCAGGACAGUGAGGACGAGGGCAGCGACCCAGAGGAAUGGACCCCAGACUCUAAGGAUGCUGUCACAGGUCAGCACCCUCAGUGGACCCACAAAGGUUGUCAUCACACUAGACUAGUCAGUUGCUUUUUCCUGUUUCUGCUGUAUUGAACUAGAAAUUCUUAAAAACAAUACCUCUCCAUCAGUUAUUUUACUAAAUACACUCCUCUUUCUUUCUCACCCUUCAGACAAAAUGGGCUCGAAGCGGCAUUCGUCUGACAUCAUCAGUCUUCUGGUCAGCAUAUACAGCAGUAAAGAGAUCUUCAUAGAUGAGUACAGAACUGUGCUGGCAGACAGACUUCUCCACCAGUUCAACUACAAUACAGCCAGGUACACAACACGUAUGUACAGUAGCUAGUCCCAGCACUCCAAAGGCCUAUAUCUCAAUGCUAUACAGUACAUUACUCAACUUUUUGCAGUCACUCUUAAUAUUAUGUGCAUGUCGGUAUACUGGUGUUGGUAUUUCUGUGUGGACAUUUUGGGUAAAUUAAAUCAAUAAUUUUUUAAAUAGUAAGUAACUUUUCUCAUGUGCCUCCAGGGAGAUCCAUAACGUGGAGUUACUCAAGCUGCGAUUUGGAGAGUCCUAUAUGCACUACUGUGAGGUGAUGCUGAAGGUAAAGCAGGGCGUGACUUUGAAAUCUUGAGUUACCAUUUAUGUUAAAUUGAGCUAUGACAACAUGACUCUUAACGUGACUUCCUAGUAUCUUUGAAAAUACAUAGUCCUUUCACCUACCAGUGUCUUUCAUAGAAUAAGGCAUGGGGACAGAAGUUAUCGAACAAAGACAAGGAACAAAGACCAUUUAAACACUUUAGGACAGAGCCUUACUCUCCUCCCUCUCUCUCCCCAGGACCUGGCUGACUCACGGAGGAUCAACACCAACAUCCGUGAGGAGGAGUCCAGGCUGGGUGAGGAUGAGCAGCCCCCCAUGGCCCUGACUGCCAUGAUCCUGUCCUCUGAGUUCUGGCCCACGCUGAAGGAGGAGAAGAUGGAGCUCCCGCUCCUGGCCUCCCAGGCCAUGGAGGCCUACACACACCACUAUUAGAAACUCAAGGUACCUGAUGAUGAAGAUGUAGCCUAGGUGCCAGUCUGUUCCUGCUUUAUUCAAGUCCUUAUAAACAGAGAAUAGGGAAAUAGCAUUUUGAAAUCAAAUUCCAUAAUUCAAAUGGUCUCUGUCCCAGGCGAUGAGGACCCUGAGCUGGAAGCCUCAUCUGGGAUCAGUGACACUGGAUGUGGAGCUGGAGGACAGGACUCUGACAAACCUGACUCUGUCCCCUGUCCACGCUGCCAUUAUCCUGCACUUCCAGGACAAAAGUCAGUACUCUGGCCGUCACAGGCUGCCUUUUGUACAACUUAUCAUUGCAUACAGACAGACAUUGUAUGAGUAACUACGAUUAACCUUUAAGCCAUCUCUCUCUCUCUCUCUCUCUCUCUCUCUCUCUCUCUCUCUCUCUCUCUCCUGAAGGCUCAUGGACUCUGGAGGAGCUGAGUGGGGUCCUGGGGGUGCCCCAGGAGAUGGUGAGAAGGAAGCUGGCUCUGUGGCAGCAGCAGGGGGUCCUGAAGGAGGAGGCUGGGGGGCACUACUCUAUCCUGGAGAAGGGCUCGUCCCGGGAGAAACCUGAGAGAGGGGUGAUGCUGAUCGACAGCGACGAGGACGGAGACUCCAACACCACCACCCAGUCAGAGCAGAGGGAGGAGAAACUACAGGUAUGCACGCAGACACACAAGCACACACACAUUGGAGGCAUGUAAUUAAAAUACAAAUACACAUUUUCUGUCAAAUAUAAAUCAAGCUAGCCCAAACAGCACGGUUCUCUCUCCCCUUUGUGUGUGGUUGUUUGUGCAGUUGUUCUGGGCCUACAUCCAGGCCAUGCUGACCAACCUGGAGACCAUGACCCUGGAGCGCCUCCACUCCAUGCUCCGGAUGUUCGUUGCCACGGGACCCGUUGUUACAGAGAUGGACGUGAACAAGCUGCAGGCCUUCCUGCAGAGGAAAGUGCGAGACCAUCAGCUCAUCGUGUCCGCAGGCGUCUACAGACUGCCAAAGUCCACCAACUGAUGAUGGGGAGAAGAGAGGAGGAGAAAAGAGGUACAACUGAAAAGUGGAGGUAUUUGAUUUGUUAUCUAAAUGUACAUGAUGCAGCAUUGCAGCCAGAGACGACAGUUUCCAAGAUGAACCUGUUCGGAAAUAGGUUCGGAAGGCAACUGAAAACGCCAAGCAUUGUGCUGGAUUACUAUGUCUUACAAUACGAAUGGCUAUAAUGAGCAUGAACCAACCAUUCUGUCUUUAUUGUUGACCAUCCAGGUUGCUUGACUUUGUUUUGGACUGCUUGUCAUGACUUUUGGGGACUCAGAAUCAUAAGCAGUGUUUCAGCACCCAUUGUUCUGAUGUUUCCCAAUUUCAAGAAAGUUGCACAUUGAAUUGACACGUGUUUGGACUUGGUGUAAUUUGGGGUUCCCCUUUUGAUUACAUUACAAUUGCCUGAG